CCUAACCGGAAGGGCGGAUGCUCCCAGCAAGAGGAAAAGGAAAGCUUGGUGGCGGGAAGUUUUCAUUGGAGAGUGGCUGAAAGCAGUACCUAGUGGUCCUGAGCCGAGCGCUUUGAGAAAGAAGUUUGGAUCCCAAUUCAAUUUUAGGAUGGCAGCCAUUUCAGCUCUAACUGAAGAAUUGGAGUCUGUAACCAAUGAGCUACAUGCAGUAGACAUUCAAAUUCAGGAACUUCUGGAAAAGCAACAAGAGCUUAUUCAGAAAAAGAAUAUCCUAACAAACCAAAUAAAGCAGCAUUUUGAGGAUUCUGAUGCUGGAGAAAGCAGUGAAUGGGAUUCUUCACCUGCUGCUUGGAAUAAAGAAGAUUUUCCCUGGUCUGGUAAAGUUAAAGAGGUUCUGCAAAAUGUCUUUAAACUGCAGAGGUUCAGACUGCUUCAGCUUGAAACUAUUAAUGUAACUAUGUCUGGAAAGGAGGUAUUUCUUGUUAUGCCUACAGGAGGUGGAAAGAGCUUAUGCUACCAGUUACCAGCAUUAUGUUCAGAUGGUUUUACCCUUGUGAUUUGCCCAUUGAUCUCUCUUAUGGAAGACCAGUUAAUGGUUUUAAAACAAUUAGGAAUUUCAGCUACCAUGUUAAAUGCUUCUAGUCCUAAGGAGCAUGUGAAAUGGGUUCAUGCUGAAAUGGUAAAUAAAAAUUCCAAGCUAAAGCUAAUUUAUGUGACUCCAGAGAAAAUUGCAAAAAGCAAAAUGUUCAUGUCAAGACUAGAGAAAGCCUAUGAAGCGAGGAGAUUUACCCGAAUUGCUGUGGAUGAAGUUCACUGCUGUAGCCACUGGGGACAUGAUUUCAGACCUGAUUACAAGGCACUGGGUAUCUUGAAGCGGCAGUUCCCUAACACGGCCUUAAUCGGGCUGACGGCAACCGCAACUAGCCAUGUUUUGAAGGAUGCCCAGAAAAUACUGUGUGUGGAAAAGUGUUUUACUUUCACAGCUUCUUUUAAUCGGCCAAAUCUUUAUUAUGAGGUGUGUAACUUUUAUAUCUCAUUUGCCUGUCUCAUUAUAGCGUGUGAAGUAAAGAAUGUAACAGCAUACUGCAGAGAUCUAAUCAAGAUUUUGAAGCAGGCAGAGGACCUGAAUGAAAAGCUAACUCCACUGAAACUGAUGGAUUCUUGGAUGGGAAAGGGAGCAGCAAAAUUGAGAGUGGCAGGCGUUGCUCCUCCCCAACUUCCUCGUGAAGACCUGGAGAAAAUUAUUGCACACUUUCUUCUACAGCAGUAUCUUAAAGAAGACUACAGUUUUACAGCUUACGCUACCAUUUCAUAUUUGAAAAUAGGACCUAAAGCUCAUCUUCUAAAUAAUGAGGCGCAUGUUAUUACCAUGCAAGUAAAGAAGCCCACACAGAGUUGUUUCAAGACUGAAUCAUCUGAAACUUGUCAUUCUGAAGGAGCUGAUAAAAGGAGGGAAGAAAAAAAUUCAGGUAACUUCCAGAAGUCUGCAAACAUGCUUCAGCGAUCUAAGAAUACAGGGACUAAAAAAAGAAAAAUUGAUGAUGCAGAUGAGUGUUUCUAAAUUUUCCAAGAAAAUAGUUAUGCAUGUGUACACCAUUAUUUUGUAGUUAAAAGUUUAAGACAGUUUUAUUAAUAUUUUAUACAUAUGGAACUUGCCUGAAGUAUUGAAGACUUCAAUAUUUAAGAUCAUGAAUUAUAUAAAUUUACAGUAUAAAACGAGAAAAGUAAUUUUAUUAUUUUUUGAGAAAAAUUUUAAUGUAAAAUAUUUUUAUCCCUUGAUAUACCUAAUUGUAUUCUUUUGAUAUUAAUGUUAUCAUAAGGAAUAUUUAUGUAGGCUUAUUACAGAAAAGAGUGAUUUCAGCUCAUAACAGCUAUACAAUCAGAACAUAAAAGGAUAUUAGCAAGUAAGAUCUUGCUACCUCCUUAAAGUAAAAUUGUAAACCUCUUGAAACGACAAUCCUCUCUGACAUUUCACAAAGAAUGACUUUGGUAUACCAGACCAAGUUGUCAGCUAAGUAGAUAAAGUAGCUAAAUCUGCUCCAAAGCAGUUACACAGAAAUGAUUAACUUAAAUCCUUACAUUUACAUAAGUGGUCAAUUUGUGUUGGAAAAAAAAAAAAUCUGUAAAUUAUUUGAUCUUUACCAUUUUAUUUCUAUUUUAAUACUUUCCCACUAUCAUUAUGACUUCUGUAUUCUUAACUUCAUUAAAUCCAUGUGGUCGUUUACCUUA